GUAUUUACGAACUAUCUAAACUAUGUAUUUGUCAACUAUUUUUCAUGCUAAUCUAUGUAUUCUGAAGUGUAAUUCAAUAUGUGUAUGUUAUAUUUUAAUUAUUAGUGAGUAAUUCUAAUUUGUAUAAAUUAUUUAAAUUUGAACGUGAAUCUUAUGUAGGGCAUACAUAUUACAGGUUUUAUGUCGACACAGUGAUUCAAGGAAUUUUUUUUUUUUUUUUAUAAAAUGGCCAAUAUUUCAUCAUUGAUUAGACUCUCGGUAUUUGGAACGACGAGAAUAAAUACGUCAAUUACAAAAUCGAUCUUGUGACUUUCAAGGAGUAUUCGACGUAUGAGGAAUUGUUACAAACGGUUGCAACACAAUUGAAUUUGGACACGAAAAUGAAAAACAUAAGCAUAAAAUACAUGGUUGAAGGUGAUUAUAUUCCAAUGGAAAUUCACAAUGACAUGGGUGUUAGGGUGUAUGUGGAACUGAAGAAGGAGAACAAAGCAUUACCAAUGUACCCAUUAUGUAUCAUUACAACUGAUAAAAUCAUGGAGAUAUGUAUAUCGGAUGAGAGUUGUGUUGAAGGUGAUUAUUUGCAAAUCGGAUACACGAAUCAAACAGGUUGGUUCCCAUGAUUUUGCAUCAUCAAGUUGUGGAAAGGCUUAUUUGUUAUUCGAAAACAACAAGGGUAUGGUUAUUGAUGACAAGAACCAAAAAGUAGUUGCCGUCGAUCAAGUAUACAAGGAUAAAGAUACAUUAAAAUCUGUGAUGGUGAACUAUGCAAUUACGAAUAGGUUCAACUAUCGGACAGAAAGGAGCAAUGCAAUAAGCUACACUCUUGUGUGCGUAUCAGUAGAGUGUGAUUGGAAAUUCAGGGCGUCAAGUGUCGGUAAGUCAGGAAUGUUUAGAGUUAGGGAGUUUCAAGACAAACAUACAUGUCCAUUGAAGGAAAAGGUUUAUUCCCAAUGCCAAGCUACAAGUCGGUUGAUAAGUGGGAUUGUCAAACCAAAAAUAUCAAAUCAUAAGAGGAAAUAUACGCCUAAAGACAUUGCGGAGGACGUCAAAAAUGAAUUCGGAAUGGAUGUGUCGUACAUGGUUGCUUGGCGGGCCAAAGAAAGGGCGAUGAACGAUUUAAUGGGUGAGCCGGCUGAUUCUUAUAAAAGACUACCUGGAUAUCUAUACAUUUUGGAUAAGACUUACCGGGUUCACAUAUCGAAUGCGUAA